CACGUGACAAUGUUUACUUUAUUCUGUGCAGUCAAGCCGCAAUCGGCUGCACGGCGACGACUGUGCGGCUGGAAAUGUUUUACGUAUUUCAUUGAGAAACAUCUGAGUAAGUGCCAGACACAGCUGAAUGAAAGAGAUGAGUGCCUCCAGGCAGAGAGCCACAGAGCUCGUGGCCGCCUAUGAUCACAGUUUGGAGCAGCAAAUAGUGGGACGAGGCUCCAACCUGGUGUGUAGCGAUGAGGAGCUGUGGAAGAAGGUGGAGGUGCUGCUGAGGGACGCAGAUGCUCAGGAGACGCACUGCCUGGGUCUGGAUCCACUGAGGGUGAUGGAGGAGUCGCUCAAAGCCGCUGGGUCGACAACAGCAGCCGGUGCCGGGCGAGUCAGGGCCAGAGGAGGCCUUCAAGGCCUGGCUAAAGCGUUCGAGGUUGUGGAGCAAGCAGCGUUGAACCUCUACCUCGGUCCCUGGAGGGAGGAGUACAAAGUUGUUAAGAUGUAUUCCGGUAUGUUCACCCACUAUAUCAAACCAGUGCUGUCGAUGCCACAGAUUGAGAAACUGUUCGGCCUGCUGGGGUACCAGCCCAGCUCUUCUCGCCACGAGCAGCUUCGUCUCCAGGCAACCAGAGUCAGUCCUGCCUCUCUGGAGGACCUCCUCCGCUUGUCUUGUGCCUUCUUUCUGGCCCGCUGUGAGUGUCGCCUCCUUCUGACGGCUCUGGGGAAGCACGUUGGUGAGGCCCAGUGGGAGCUGAGUGUGGUGAGGGAGAGGCAGAGAGGAAACAGCCUACAGGUCGCCCUCGACAACACCAAGAAGAUGCUGGAAGUCACCCAGCCGCUGAUGAAGCCGUUUGAUGGAGAAGUGGAGGAGGAUCUGUACACUGAUGAGCAGGUUAAUGAGGGGCACAGAGGGAUGGUUGUCAAUGACGACGAGAGUCCCCGCUCUUUAACCUGGGUGAUUCAGAGCCGUGCAUCACCCCCUGCUGUCAAAACACACAGCAACAGAGUGAGUUCCCUGUCCUCCUCAUCCACCUCCCUGUCUGCCCGAGAGGGCACGCGCAUCUCUACACUCAACUGCCAGCUGACCAAGACGUCUCCACUGGAGGCAGACACCACCAGAAGCUCCUCAGCCAGCAUGAAGCAAGACAGACGUCCCUGUGAAGAGUCAACGUUUGACAAGGCGGACUCACAGUCACACAGUCUGCAGGCAGAAGCAAUGGGGCUUUGCAAGAGUGAGGCUGAAGCCAACAGCUUUUGUAGCUGUCUCCAAUCUCCCUAUCUUUAUGUCAAACUCUGUAUUCAAUGCAACACCUUGCACCACUUCACGUGUGCCUUGCUUCAGCAGUGCAACAUGGAGAGCCACCGUGUGGUAUUCGCUGAUAAUAUGACAGAACGGAUGGAAGAAUUGAGAGCAGCGUUACCACUGGAGGGAGGCCUCAGAGUGAGUGGUCGGAGUGUGUCACCGGUUCUCUCCAAUGCAGCCAUGUCCUCCUUAGUUCUCGGCGAUGAGCCUAAAUCGAUCAUUCCAUCUCUUCAUCCAAUCACCUACCAUAACUGCUGCGACCUCGCCCAGCCGGACCCUCAGGUCCUGUGUGUCAGCUGCAGUGUCUUCCACUCUGGCUCCUGUAGAGGACUAGACUUCUGCCAAAUUAACCACAAGACCAAGCCACUGGGAGUGUGCUCCUGUGGGACACCAUGUUCCAGAAAUCCUCCGGUUCUGUGCAGAUAUUGUGGAAAUGAGUACUGUAGGGAUUGUUGGUACAGAAAUCCUGUUGUAUGCAAAUGUGGCCAAACUUUUGACCAGUCAUCCUCUGUGUGAUUUGUAUUGGAAAAGUGUUGCACUAAUGAGGCACAGCUAGCAAAAUCACAGUGCCUUAAAUCUGCGUACUGGAGAAGGAUUUCCUGUUUUGAAAAUCAAAUACAAAAAAAAUCAAAAAUUCAAAUGUUGCCUUGACACAAUAUUCCAGUUUUUCUACUCUGGUCCUCUUUCUGAAACAUGCAUUACUAUGUCAGUUAUUCUGUAAGUGGCCAUAUUUACCAUUGCCAACAUUUUUUAAAUGUUGUGUGUUGUUGUGGCUUCAAGGUGAGAUUACGUUUGUUCUCUCAUGUCACUUAAAUGAUAUUUAGUGUGAAUCACAAGGAAGUCUGUUCUUAUCUGUAUUUGUUGCCUGCACAGACUGGAGUAAAAAGGGUCAAUAUGCCACUCGUCUUUGUAAAAUGUGUUUUUAUAAUUCAUGAGCAAAUUGCUUUGAUGAAAGGUUUGUAAUUUUGAAAAAAAGCACCUGGACAAUCAGGGCUCUGGAACCAAGUCAUAGGUACUUAUUACUUAAAUAAUUCUGUUGACAGAUUGACUAAUUUCAAUCCCAAAACAAAGUAUUUUUUGACAAGGUCUCCGUUGACAUCGCAAAAAGAACAUGCUUUAAAACACAACGGGUGGGCAGUGGCAAUUUAAUGUAUUUAUAUGAUGAUCUAUGUGUCAAAACUUUACGUUUCAGAAAAGAAAUGCCUUUUUAAUGUGUGUGACAGAACAGUAGUGGAUUGAAGCUGUUUUUAUGAGCACAUAAGGUCACAUUUUUAAUAAAAUAUUGAUA